AUGAGUCAACAAAAUACUCCUGCUAUUGAGGAAUCAUCACAAGCAGACAAGGCAAAUUGGGAUGGUCCAUUGACAAAGGCUUUUAUCGACAUAUGCAUCGAUCGCCAAAAGGCAUGUGAUAGGCCUAACACUCACUUCUCGCGCAAGGGUUGGAAGAGUAUCAUUGUUGCUUUCAAGGAAAAAACAGGAAAGAAUGGCGCUUGUGGGAGAAAGUUGGUGCUCGAAGAGACUGGGCUUGGAUGGGAUCCUAUCCAUCAAACGGUUCUUGCAGAAAAUGAAUGGUGGGAAAGAAAAAUCAAGGAAGAUAGGAAAUGUGUAAAAUUCCGCAAUCAGGGAAUUGAUAAUAAAGAGGAAUUACAGUUUUUGUUUAGCGAUCAAGAAGCAACUGGAUUGGGAAUUGAGGAUCUCUUGCUCUCACAAGAUGAGGAUUCUACUGAUCUUGAGUAUAAUGCAAAUGCAGAUGUUACUGUUGAUAUCCUUAGUUCUCCCAACCCACUACCUCAUGCUGGGAGGAGGUCCAUCAGUCCCUCUAAUCGCGGUAGACAAAAGAGGAAGGCAAUAAAUAGUCGAACUUCAAUGAAUUCUGUUAACAAUAAUGGGGAUAUUGAUGAUGUGAUGGAAAUUCUAGAAGAGUUUCUUGAGACUGCGAAUGGUGGACUACUUCUGAGGGAAACGGAUAAUUCUGAUAAUUGGGACGAAUAUGAUUUUAUAGUCGAUGCUGCCAUCUUAGGAGCAGUGGAUUGCAUUGGGGCUAUUGCUAACACACAUAUACCGGCAGUGGUUCCAUAUGAUGCACGUGUCCCAUAUAUAGGGCAGAAAGAUGGGAAGGGUCAGCCCAUGAUUCCCGAAAUUGAAGAUGACGAUUUUAUGACAUUUGGUAACGAAUCUGUCGUGAUUGCAAACGACGACAUCAUUGGUAAUGGGAUAGACAUUGGGGAGCCUUCAAAUUUCAAUGAAGAUUUUGAGAUGGCCGUUUUACUUGAUAUGAUUGCUGCAAAACUAUUCGGAUUGUAG